UUUGCAGUGCUUUAGUUCCAGUAAGCUUUAGGAUGAAAAAGUAUUUUACAGUGAGUAUAGAAAGCUCUAUAUAUCAAUUUGUUUUUCUCUUUUCAGAUAUAGAUGAUUGUUCUCCUAAUCCCUGUCUGAAUGGAGGCAGUUGUACAGAUAAGGUUGCUGAUUUCACCUGUAUGUGUAGGUCAGGUUUUUCAAGUAAAACAUGUUCAAUGGCGGAUUUAGGAAUAUCAUGUGCAGAUGCAAGGACAACAUGCAAGGAUACAAAUGUUGAAUGUGCAACUGGAAGUAUAUGUAUUUGUAGAAGUUCUUACUACGAUGACAAUGGUUUUGCUAUAGCCGGAACUUGCAGGCCAAUGUCAAAUCUUCGAGUGAGUAACGUUGGCUUCAGUUCUAUACAAACUGAUAACAUAACAGUUACUUGGGCCAUACCCCAGAAUUAUAGACAGUACAUCAACAGAUUUAAAGUGAUUUGGAGACCAACAAACAAUGUAAACACUGAGUCAGCAGAACUAGCUUCCAAUAGUACAUCAUACACAAUGACAAGAGGAAUAGAUCCUGGUAGAGCAUAUACAGUUACAAUCAUCUCAAUCAACGAUCGGACACAACUAGGAUCUUCUCGUAGUACAUCUGUUGUUAGAUAUCAGUCUGCUAAACCAAGUAUAACAAGUGGAAUUGAUGACUCAAACAGUGAUAAAGAUAUCAGUGGUGGUAGUAUAAAAGUUGCCUGGAUUAAUGCCCCUGGUUACAAAAGUGGCUACAUUGUAGUACUUAAAGAUGGAGAAACUGUAAAGUUUACUAGGACUGUUAACGGCGUAUCUGUAACAUUGUCAAGUUCAGGAUUAAAGAAUGGAUACAAUUAUGAUGUUACAAUUCAAGCAAAAAGUGAACAGUUUGAUAAUGGGAAGACUGAACUGGGUGAAAUUUUCACUUCUGAAUUUAAAACCACUCCAAAAUCACCUGAACCACCAAUAAAUGGUGAAUGUAAAUACCCUACAGACAGUUCUAUAUCACUUGAUUGGGAAGCACCAAUAAAUCCAAAUGGUCAUUUAGUACAGUACAACAUCCAUGUUUAUAAACACGAUAGUCUUGUGUUUAACAAUGUCACCUCAACAGGGACACGAACAGAUAAAACUAUUGGAAAUCUUGAACUUAGAACAUUUUACACAUUUAAGAUAUACACGGUGAAUGAAGUUGGACAAUCAACAAGUUCACUACAAAUUACAUCCACAAACUGUAAAACAAAAGCUAAAAUGUCAGCUAUGCCAGAAAAUCUACAAAUAACAUAUGUUACAAGUCGAAGUCUUCUGAUUUCUUGGGAUAAACCUGUAGAUACGUUCAGCGAUGAGAACUAUGGGUAUGUUCUGCAAGUUAAGGAUGAACAAGUCAAGUGUAAAGAAGAGGUUCUUUAUAGAUGCUCAGACUGUACAGGAAGUUUUCCGACUUCUAAAGUUUCAGGAUUAUGUUCUUUAAAUAAACAGCCCGAUUUCUACAAAACUUCAGCCGAGUUAGCGAGUCAGUUGUCAUACAAUGCAAGCCUUAAUCCUGACAUUAACUACAUAGUUACUGUUACAGCAAUAAAUGACGAAGGGAGAGGUCAUCCUGCUACAUUGACACAAAGGACAAAAGAAGAAGCUCCUCAGACUCCAUAUAAUGUUAAAGUUGUAGGCAUGACUGCAACAACAUUUGAUAUUACUUGGAGUAUAAAUGGACCAAGGCCAGGACUUACAACAUAUAUUAUAAUGCUUACAGCAGAUGUUCCUGCAGAGUCAAUGAACUUUACUGCUACUGGUUUUGCUUUGAGAGAAUACAAAGCAUUUGGAUUACAAGAGUACUGGAAUUACAGUGUCGCUUUGAUGGCCAGUACAUCAAUUGGAAGCAGUAAAUCAGCAGUGACAAAUGAGUACAGGACUUCACCUGCAGCACCUGGCAAAGUUUCCGAAUUUUCUAUAGAACCACAUCCCGAUGAAGACUUUACAAAAAUGAAGAUAUCAUGGGAAAUGCCGACUAUAUUAGACAGAAAUGGAGUCAUCAAAAGCUACCGUUUCGAAAACUAUGAACCAGGGAAUGUGACGGCGACAACAAAUUUUCAACAGAAUCGUCUGGGUUAUAUUUACACAAAAACGGUACUUGUAGAGCCAGAAGAACAAUACACAUUUAAGGUGUUUGCAAUAAAUGAACAAAACAUGGAAGGAGAACACAUUAUGGUUACAACAAUGGCUCCUGCAGGAGUUCCUUUAAACAUCGAGGAAAGUUUAAAAAUGGAUGUUAUCGAUUUACAACGAGAGAAGACUGUAACUGAAAGACAAAUAACGAUUACAUUAGUUCGGGAGUUUUUUGAAGAAUCUACAAAUGGCAAAGUACAAACCACUGGGCUCGUAGUAUGUGUAAACAGCUGUGACUUUGAAGGCGUAAUGACAAUAAUAGAUGUGAAUGCAAUGGAAAAUUGGACAGGAGCAUCAAAGAAAGGUUUGACGUCAUAUCGGGCGACAAAAUCUGACUGGUUAGAUAGGGCUAAUACACAAUGUUCAUGUGGAAGAAAUAAACGGAAAGUAACAAAUAUUGAGUACAUUGUUGGCAUAAUAGAUUUUAUUGUACAUUCAUUGAUUGCAGGGUCGUCAAUGGCCGAGUGGUAA